AUGGUUAAUUCUUGUGCUGCAGCAGGUUGCACAAGUAGAGUAAUGAAAAACGACAACAGAGCAUUUCAUAAAUUUCCAAUUAAUAACAGCGAAUUCUGUAAAAAGUGGAUUGUUGCUAUGAAACGUGAAACAUUUAUUCCUACUGAGCACAGCCGCAUAUGUAGUGAUCACUUUUUACCUUCAGAUGCAAUGGAAACCAAAACAUUAGUUCUAAGUGAUAAAAAGACAGGUCAAUUCAUUGGCUUUACAGAAUAUGGAAAAGAUAUUGUUGCAACUGAAACAGAUACACCAGCUACAGAAGCAUUGGUAUUAAUGCUGGUUUUAUCCCACAAUAUAUGCAACACCAAUGAUAUAUGGGCGCAGCCAAAAAAAAGAAAGUCUAAGGUUUGGGUUCAUUUAUUAGAAAAUAUAAACGAUUCACGAACUUUAAAUUGUAAGCAUUGUGACACCGAAUUUAAAUCUCAUUUAUCAACUAAAUCCUUAACGUACCACAUGCAACACAAACACAACCUUUUAGAGCCUGCUUCAGAAAGCUCAUUAGUUGCACAAAGUAAUUCUUAA